AUGAACGGCAUUUCAGAACAUCCCGUAGUCCUCUAUGACUACCAAUUCGCACCGAACGCGCAAAAGGCCCGGAAUCUUCUGUCAAUGUGUCGCAUACCAUUCCAGGUUUGCGAACAGCCCUUUGUGAUGCCACGUCCUAUUCUUGCGGGCCUAGGCAUCACCUACAGACGGAUCCCUGUCAAUGCCAUAGGCCGCGAUUUGUAUGCCGACAAUCGUGUCUUCAUGGAAGCUGUACAGACCGUCUUCCCAGCGAAAGCGGCGGCUCUGACCCAAAGCCCGGCUGACCAUGCGUAUGAAGCUUUCGGAUACCGCAGCUUUUGGGUCUGUCUCCCACUUGUGCCCAUGAAGAUGAUCAGCACGGAAUUUCUGAAAGAUAGGGAAGAACUAUUCUCGGUCUUUAACCGCCCAGACUACGAGGAACUACGGCCCAGUGCACUGGCCGAGUUCCGCCAAAUGUUGGACGAUGUCGAGAAUGAUUUUCUGGCGAAUGGCCCCUGGAUUGGAGGGGACAAAUGCUCCAUCGCCGACAUCCACGCAAGUUGGAUGAUUAAAAUGGUGUUGCAGACCAUGGACAUCCAGACUGAGCCAGGCUUCUCGGCCGAGGACUUUCCGAAGGUCCACGCUUGGAUCAAUGGACUUCCACUGCAUACCGCUGAGAAUGAUGCCGAUAAGAUCAGUGCAGAAGACGCGAAGGAAAGGAUCUUGAGCUCGGGCUAUGCUGCGGAGGAUAUCGGCAUUGAUCCUGCGGACCCUAACGGACUGCAAGCAGGAACGCACGUCUCAGUCGGUACCACUGACGAUGCAAAACCUGGCGGCAGACCACAAGAGGGUAAACUGGUAGGCCUGAGCAGGCGGGAGAUAGUCGUCGAGCUGCCCAACGGUCUUCGCAUGCAUUUCCCUCGGCUCGGCUUUGUGUUGAAGAGGGUGUGA